AUGUCCGAAGCAAUCAUGGAUCUGGCUCAACCACAAUCACAACCUCUUCUGAAACAUCAGAGCAUUCUGGCUCAACUUCGGAACUCUGAUGAUGUUGAGCACUCCGCCCACUCUAGCAGGGAAAACAGGAUUGACGAUGUCCCAAGCAAUCAUGGAUCAAGAUCUACCACAAUCACAACCUCUUCUGAGACAUCAGAGCAACCCGGUUCAACUUCAAACCCAGCUCUAAUUGAGGACUCCGCGCACUCUAGCAGCGAAAACAAGAUUGACGACUUCCCAACCAAUCAAGGAUCAAGCUCCACCACAAUCACAGCCUCGUCUGAAACAUCAGAGCAAUCCGGCUCAACUUCAAACCCAGCUGUAUUUGUGGACCCCGCUCACUAUAGCAGCGAAAACAAGAUUGACGAUGUCCCAAGCAAUCAUGGAUCUGUCUCUUCCACAAUCACAACCUCACAAUCUGAGACAUCAGAGCAAUCUGGCUCAACUUCAAACCCAGCUGUAAUUAUGGACUCCGCUCACUCUAACAGAGAAAACAAGAUUGGCGAUGUCCGAAGCAAUCAUGGAUCUGGCUCUACCACAAUUACAACCUCUUCUGAGACAUCAGAGCAAUCCGACUCAACUUCAAACCCAGCUGUAAUUGAGGACUCCGCCCACUCUGGCAGCGAAAACAAGAUUGACGAUGUGAAAACGAAUCAUGGAUCAAGUUCGACCACAAUCACUACUUCUUCUGAGACAACAGAGCAUUCCGGUUCUUCUUCAAGCCCACCUAAUUUGGACUCCACCCACUAUAGCGGCGAAUACAAAAUUGACGAUGGCGCCAGUUCUCAUGGAUCAAACUCAGCCACAAUUACAACUUCAUUGGAGUCAUAUGAAAAGUCCGGCAUAACUUCAAGUCCCGCUGAUGUUGAGUACGCCGGGAAUGACAGGAAUGAAAACACUAAGGCAUUGUCUUCAGGAAAAUCGGGUCAUAUCAAAUUAUCCGAUAUCUCUUUGCUUAGAAAAUCUAGUUGGAGGCAAACUUCAAAUUCGAAAAAAUCACAUCAUAAUCAGAUAAAAGAAGUAUGCAAAAUGUAAACUCCGUAAAAUCUGCUGAAUUUGAAGGUGGCGUCAGAGCAUUGUCUUAUGAGCCCACUUCUGCUGGCCCGUCUACUGUCCCAGGCAUUAUCGAAAAAAUAAUCACGAAACGUUUAGAUGCAAUUCCAAUGAAUUCUAUUUCUUUGAAGAAGAAUAAUGAAAACAUUAAAGCUAAUACAAAUGGCGAUAGGUAUGCUGUAACUGGCAUUAAAGCUGGCGGCACACAGUUUGGACUCGGACCUUAUCCUUAUUGGUGGGGAGCUCAAGGAGGUUGGAUGGCACAUAGACCAACCUGGAGUGGUUAUGGAUGGAAACCAUAUGCAACUGGAUGGAGGACUAAUGCGUGGAACUAAUAUAGUCAAAACAGGAUGCCUGAUAUCAUACAAAUAUUAAUGUAUGUUACGCUAAUGGUGUUUAUAAUUU